CAACAUUUUUUUUCCUGGAAAAAGAAAAGCUAAGGCUGGUUGUGGUUCGAGUAACUGCAGUCGAUCACUGACAUUUAAUGCAGAAAAAAAAGGCUCAAAAAGGCGACAGCUACAAAAAGAUGAGACGAAAAUUGGGUGUAAAAUGUUUGGGGAGCGGGACGUUCACACUCCCCUCCCACCCCACCCCUAAGCCCCCACUCCCCUGUGUCUCACAAUACACUAAUAUUGAGCAAGGAUUGCAUGACAAGCCAACAGGAACAUCCGUUAGCUAGCUGAAACCUGAUCCAAAGACAUAAUGGCUUUCCAGAAAACCUCUUUUCAGACAUCGCUAUUCGUUUCCUUCGCUUUCUUUCUCUCUGCAGGUGUUACGUGUACCAGGGGAAUAACUGUUUGCCCAAAAUCGAGCUCGAACUUCACCGUCGCGUUCCAGUACGACCCUCCAUACGUGAAAGUCAAUGGCACAAAGUGGAAAGGCUUACUCUACGAUUUCGUACAAUGGGGUUUAAUCCGAUGUUUUCAUCAAUACAGCUGCAACACGAAAGCGAUCCAUUGGAAAGAAAUUUUCUCCGCAGAUCGUUUGAGCUCAGUCGUUCUAGACAAAACGACAGAUAUCGCAAUGCCGAUCACACCGUCUCUCUCUUCGUCGCUGACCGAGGAAUUGAGAAACUCGAGGUUCACUGGCGUCACGCUUGUUACCGUCGUCAAAUCCCCUGGACUAGCCUUGGUGAUCGAUUAUCAUGCUUGUAAGAUGAAGACAGAGAAGUUGACUACCAGCACAAUCCUGUCUGCUUGGCCUGUUGGUGCUGUGAUUUUACUCCUGGCUGGUAUCUCGGGGAUCUCUAUCUGGGCACUGGAAAGCAGCAGCAACCAGCAAGACUUCCCAUUAUCCUUUGGAAAGGGAUCAUCCGAGGGAUUCUGGUGGGCUCUUAUUACUAUGACAACGGUCGGGUAUGGAGACAAGGUUCCCCGGACAAUAUACGGUCGAAUGUUUUCCGUGCUGUGGAUUCUCACAGGCGUCUGUCUUAUCGCCAUCUUUACUGCUGCUGUGACCAGUGCAAUCACUGUAUCUUCUGUCGACUCCGACUGUAAAAGCACGCAAGGAAAACACCUCGCUGCUUUGAAUGGGUCUGCUGCUGAAAAGGAAGCCAGGCAUCAAGGGGCGAAUGUAACAACGUUUGAGAUGGAGUCAAAGAUGUUUGACAGCUUACAAGCAGGUGAAGUUGAGGGCGUCAUGUUGGACAGGUAUAAAGCUUAUUAUUACCUGGACCAACUGAAAAACGAUCACUUCCGAGUGGCCCUGCUCCUCGAUGUUUCACUGCAAUAUGAAGUCGCUUUGGCGGACAGAGGCUUUCCUGAGUUUACAGCCAAGAAUGGAUGUCUGACAAAAUUUUUCGCCAAUUCGCAUCGCGUGGAUAGAACGAUGAAACAUUACAUAAGCCCAGUGAAGCCCUUGGGAUCAGCUACUGAUACAGUGGGUGUCUUGUCAAUCAACUCAACAGCCAAUCAGCAGCUCUUGAUCGCCUCCGUGUGUAUUUAUGCUUUGUUUUUGAUUACUGGUCUGUGCUGGGAGUUCUUAUACCGAAGAAAUCACUUCAAUCUAUUCAAGCCCACUUCACGUAACAAGGCAACCUGUAGCUUACCGUUGAUAGCGGAGCAGUUAACUGAAGUACAAGAAGCCCUUUCGAAGCUCACUUCGCAAGUCCAAAAGAUACAAGAGAGUCUGCAAGCGGUCAGAAAAACCAAACCACAAACUGGAAGCAACCAGAAUAAUUCAAGUGUCUCUGAGAUGUCCAUCAUCGAUACUGAAACAGCUACCUAAUUUAUAGUAGGUAGUAUAUGACGGCAACAAUUAAACUGGCAUUUGACAUCUAUACAGUCGAAAAACUAUAUCCCGCGUAAAGCAAAGGGAUUAGGAAUUAAGGGCGCUGUUACUUAGCAACGGCCACAGUAAUCUCGUCAGAUUAACCACUUUCGUCUGAGUUAUUGGCCAUGAUAAAUGAGUGAAUCAGUUCCAGGGUUGAUCGAAAUCUAAUUUCUCUUAAAAACACUAGGAUAUUGUUGAGCAGAUAGGUGUAGAAAAUUAUAGCUCCUAUCUGUAUUCAAUGCAAAAAUAAAGGACAUUUAUAAUUAAAAAGAGAUUAAAAUAUCAUCACAUUAGCCAGAGUUGCUAGCUAGUUCCAGUGCAGUACUGAGAAUACGAAAAUGGUCAAUUCGUUAACAGCAAAAAAGACCAAUAAGCAAGAGAAUCUAUUCUAUGUAUCGUCGAUUGCAUGAUUCGUCGAAAUACCAUUUACAUUUUAUUAAAGGUACAUGAAAAUC